AUGCUCGCGGCCGUCGGGCAACCUGUGCCAAACACGGAGCAUGCAGUCAGCGUCUCCUUACCGUCAUGGAAAGCGACCGUGGGCUACGAAGAAGGAGAGGAAUGGGUGAUGUCCAAGAUGAAGACUGGCUAUCCAAGAUUUUUCAUUCAUCUGACGAUUCAGGAGCUCCAGAAGGAGAUUUUGAGACUGCAUGGCCGAGUCGGAGAGGCUGUCAUGCUAUUCCCGACCAUACUUGUCGCCAGUCGAUGCGAGAAGUUCUUCUAUGAUAAGGUCGAAGGCCUCGCCCCCGGAUUGGCACGCGUUCUUCAGCUUGUUCCAGUCAUUAGCAAGAACAAGAGUCAUGAGACCGUCUCGUCUGGGCUUGCCUGUGUCUUCUUCCCCAAGGAGCACUUCAGUGUCGCCAAGCAGGUCUGGCAACAUUCGGGCGAUGGCAUUUCCAGUCGAAGGGGAGAAUUCUGUCUUAAAGCUCUACGAGAUGGAUUUCUGAGAGCCGUAUCGGCGCCGGUAAACCCCACGACAGAAGAAGUCUACACCAAAGGUCCGCGUAGGUACCAGCGCCCGGCCUCUCAAAACGGCAUAAUUCCCGCUUUCACAACCAAUCCUGAACCGACACCAACGAAAGAUGGAAACUCGGAAAUAGAAGGCAAAGAUUACUUUCAUUUUGUGGAGGAACGCUUUGGGCGAAAUCUCGAUGCGAAGCUCGCCUCACAGGCAAAGCUCGCCAUUCAGCGACGCAUCAGUGGCUGUCUCACCGACGAUUCCGAUCUUGAUCAGGCACUGGCCAACUCCACGACCAACUGCGAUGGUCGCCAGAUAGGACUCAGAGACCAUGAUGUCUACCUAUAUCCUUGCGGCAUGUCGGCCAUCUUUAACACACAUCGAAUCCUUUUGGCCAAUGCCGCCGCCAAGGGCAUGGAACCACGGAAAUCGAUCUGUUUCGGUUUCCCUUACAUUGACACCCUGAAGAUUCUAGAGAAAUGGGGCCAUGGAUGUAAAUUCUAUGGCUUUGGCAGUUCUGCAUGUCUGGAUGACCUGGAGAAGAACCUCGAGUCGGGAGAGCGCUACCUUGCGCUAUUUUGCGAAUUCCCAAGCAACCCCUUGCUCAAUUCACCAGACCUUGUCCGUAUUCGCCAGCUGGCCAACAAGUACAACUUCGCGAUUGUUGUCGACGAAACGGUGGGCAACUUCAUCAACAUAGAUGUACUGACUCACGCGGAUAUCGUGGUCAGCUCGCUCACAAAGGUUUUCAGCGGGGAUAGCAACGUCAUGGGCGGCAGUGCGGUACUCAAUCCACAGUCUAGAAUGUACCCGGAGCUCAAGGAAACCCUGCAAAGGGAGUAUGAAGACAAUUACUGGGCGGAGGACGCGGUCUUCAUGGAACGGAACUCACGCGAUUUCCGUGCACGGAUCGCACGGAUCAACGCCAAUGCCGAGGCCAUUGUGGAGAGACUGCAAGCUUGGCCAAUCGUCAAGGCAGUAUACUAUCCCAAAAACAGCCCAUCACGUCCCAACUACGAGGCAUGCCGCAACCGUGAUGGUGGGUACGGCGGCCUCUUAUCUGUCUCGUUCCAACAUCCCGAGCAGGCUGUCACUUUCUUCGAUCAGCUUGAGUGCCAGAAGGGACCCAGCUUGGGGACGAAUUUCACUCUUGCAUGCCCUUAUACGAUCCUCGCACACUACCUGGAGCUUGCUUGGACGAGCAGCUGGGGAGUUGAGCCUGAUUUGGUCCGGAUAAGUGUUGGUUUAGAGGAAGCGGAUGAUCUCACCAAACGGUUCGAACGCGCACUGAAUGCAGCAGAGGCCGCAACUCCGGCUGGAAAAGCCAGUGCAUAA